ACAGCAAUUUUGGCGUGCUUUACUUACCUGCUUUUUAUUUUUUCCUUUUUCCGCGACAGAAUCUUUUUUGUUAAUUGCGAAAACGAAAGAGCCCGUGUGAACCGGAGAGGUGAGGAAAAGAGGAAAAGGGAGACAUAAAUUGGAGGCCAUUAUCAAGAAACCAUGAGUUCUAGGUUAGCUGAAAUCUCCCUUAUUGUAAUCUGUUCAUCUCCUGGCGUGAGUCUGUGGCGCUAGUGUGAUGCCUUCUCCUAGCUCAUGGCUUCCGGUUCGCAAUCCCUAAUCCUGAUCUCACUUAAGCGCUCGUGAGCUCUCUCCAGUGGCUAAAGAUUGCAGAUUUGAGUUAUAGUCCAAGAAACGGGUGGUGGUCCGCCAUGGAGGUGAGGUCCGAGCAAGGGCUGAUGGCGGGGAGGGAUCUAUUCGGUAUGCCAAAGAGCCCGCCGGCGCCGGUUUCCGGGCCGCCGGCGUCCGCCGCCAUGCAGAGCGUGCGCAUGGCGUACACCUCGGACGGCACCGCUGUGUUCGCUCCGAUGAGAUCCUCGGCCGCGACGCCGUCUUACCAGCCGCAGGGUGCAGCCCACGGCGCUAGCAUGUCCGCGGCGACAAUCAUUGGAGGCAAUGGCGCGGCAGCUGCGCCGAGCAUGGGGGAGCCGGUGCCCAAGAAGAAGCGCGGGCGACCAAGGAAGUAUGGGCCCGACGGGUCCAUGGCGCUGGCAUUGGUGCCUGUGUCGGCGGCUACGGGGUCGCCGACGACAGGGCAGGGUUCUUCUGGGCCGUUCUCACCGGCUGGGUCAAAUCUGACGAACUCUCUGUUGGUAGCCUCGCCGGACGGGUUCAAGAAGCGGGGCCGGCCUAAGGGUUCUACCAACAAGCCGCGCAUGGAUGCUGCUGGAUCGUCAGGAGCUGGAUUUACACCUCAUGUUAUCACAGUUCAAGCUGGGGAGGACGUGUCAUCAAAGAUCAUGUCGUUUUCUCAGCACGGACCGCGUGCAGUCUGUGUUCUCUCAGCAAACGGUGCCAUAUCAAAUGUGACGCUUCGUCAGACUGCUACAUCAGGCGGAACUGUAACAUAUGAGGGUCGGUUCGAGAUACUGUCACUGUCGGGGUCAUUCCUCUUGGUGGAGGAUGGUGGUCAACGCAGUCGAACUGGAGGGCUCAGUGUGUCGUUGGCUGGUCCCGACGGUCGUGUGCUGGGCGGUGGAGUUGCAGGGCUCCUCGUAGCAGCUUCGCCAGUUCAGAUAGUACUGGGAAGUUUCAAUUCUGGAGGCAAAAAAGAGGCAAAAAAGCAUGCUCCUUCAGGACCCACACCAGCGCCACUGAAGGUCGCUCCUCCGACAACAACCAGGAUGGGACCCAACAGCAGCAGCCCUCCUUCAAGAGGAGGUACAUUGAGCGAGUCAUCCGGUGGCGCCGGAAGCCCACCACCGCCGCUGCAUCAAGGCAUGGCUGCUAGCAGUAGCAACGACCAGCCGCCGUUCCUGUCCAGCAUCAUGCCAUGGAAAUGAUCCUCUUAUGUAGUAGUAUAAGUCAGAAGCUUUGAGUAGGGAGGUAAAUUUGUAGCUCUACUGUAGGUUUAAACCUGAAUUCCUGUGCUACUUAGGUGUAUUGAGCUGUAACGGAUGUGAUCAUUUGAGAGCUACCAAGUGUUGUUUAGUUAAAUGUUUUACCAAGGCAUGUCGAUCUGAGCCAGAAGAUUCUUGCUAUGAAUUUGUUGUUUGCGCUUGA